UCUGUUUUGGUGGGAAUGUAAACAAGUCUUACCUACUAAAUAUUUAUACAUAGUUUUAUUUAUUAUUUACUCAAUUAUGAAGUAACUUAUUUUGAAUAUUGUAUCGUAUCACAGUUAUUGUUUCAAUUUAUAAUAUUACUUACACAUUUCCAAAUAAUAUGGAACCACCUUCACCAUGGAAAAAACCAAACGAAGUAAUGCAACUACACAAGUUGAAAAAGCGAAAAAAGGCCUUACAGGACCGCAUGAAACAACCAACAGCGUCAAACUGUGAAGAAACGAAAUCGAAUGGAAACCAAGAAGAUUUAGAUUUUUCCAGACUCAUCAAUGGAGACAAAAGGAAAAAUCCCUUUUCUAAAAAUAACUUGGAGCAGAACAAGAAACCCAAACUCAACAUUGACCUACCACUAGAUGAAUCCAGUGACAAAACACUAUUUGCAUUACUAAAGUUACCUUCCAAAGUUGAGAAACCUUCAGACAAUACUCUGAAACUGUCCACCUUCUCAAACUUAUUACAGAAGUUCACAGCUGACCACUCCGUGGAAAAAGAAACAGUGGAAAAAAAAUCCAAACACUUGUUUAUUGAUUGGGCACUAAAAACUAAAGCAAGAUUGAUGUCUCCCAAGCCAUUUGCAUGGACAUCCAAGUUGAAAGCAAGUGAAGAAGCUUCAGGAAUAACAGGGUUUGUACGUUGUCUCGACACAACUUCAUCGCCCACCUUGGACACGUCUCCCCGCGCGCUGUUCCAUCAAACUUGCCUGUACUGGCAACAUCCUCACCUACCAUGGCUAGAGUUAUACCCGCGCUCGUCUGGGAAAGUUGCGGCAACCAAUUUUAUGGCUACAAAUGAAGAAGUAAAAGAAGCUUUACAUAGAGAGUGGUGUGAGAGCUUUAGGUCUUUAUUCCAGCUACUACGCGCACGCCACUGUCCGUAUUUCUACGUGUGCGCUAAUACAUUCACAUGUCUGUUCCGAGCGGCGGGGCUCUGUGGAAUAUCCGAACCCUGCGUUCUCAUAGCGCCAACAACUAGAGGCUUCAGACAGACAUUACGGCAAGAAGAUGUAGAGUUCACAAUGCCACUACGUCCUGACAAGAAAAAAUUCAACACUUCCGACGAGGACCGACCUAAGAAUUCCUCAUUCGACAGUUGUUAUGACACAAUGGAUGACACGAAGUUACCUCAGGAGUCGCAGUUAAAAGAGGACUUUUCAGGAGAUGAAGAGGAUCCCGACCAGUUUCUUUCACAGCUGGGGCUAGAAACACACGUUAUAAAGAAAAUUAACAACUCACAGGCGCGCCUAACCCAGAAUGCAGAGAGCAAUGUGGAUAGUGCGGCGGAAUCAUUGGUGGUGGUGCGCGGUGCGGACGCUCAGGCGCUGUUCGACUUCCUACUGAACUGCAAGUCGCUGGCGAGUACCACCGGGCCGCUCGCGGCUGUGCCACCAACACUGUUGGCGCCCACAGCCUUCCACGGCGCCACGCUGCAGUCUUUACAUGUUCGCGAAAACAUAGUACAUUCCGAUAGCAAAAAAUACUACUCAAUAGAAUUAAGGGGACCUAUAUUGCCGACUACGGUGCAUACAUUGUUUAAUGUUCUGAAGAAAAGUUCAACGUCGCAGUUUAGCGCUACGUUUGCUCACCAACAGCCUACGCUUGCUUUCUCUUGGGUUGCCAAGAACAUUGCAGAAGAUGAAUCAUCAAAAGAAAAUGAACCAAACCAUUUCACCAAAGCAUUCAAUAAAGAAAACUUAUCAGACUGUGGCAUUAAUGAAGAAAUGUUGCAACAUUUCUGUUCUCCAGAUCCAAGUAUUGUAAAACCUCUGGAUAGCGUUAAGUACAAUACAGAAGACGAUACUUAUUCUUGGUGAAUUUUACUAUAAUGUUUGUGUAUAUUAUACAUAGAUAUAGUAGGAAUAAGCGAAAUAUAAAUUAAGUAUCUUAUAAUUUUUGUUUGUACUGUGUGUGAAUGAAUU